CAUGCAUGUUAUAACGUAGUGAUUUCCUGCUCUGUGUAAAGGUAUCUUUGUUCAGCUGUUUUUGCAUUUUCAGUUUUUUAAUAUCUUCAAUUUUAUUAGAACAGUAUCGAAAUUUGUUUCUUGUAGAAAGUAGUUUAAAGAAGUCAGCAUGGCAUCUGGUGAAAUCCAAACAUCAGAUUAUCAACAGCGAAGAUGGCAGAAUAUAAGAAAGCUUUUGGAGAGAUCUGGUCCAUUUUGCCAUCCAGACUUUGAGCCUUCUGCUGAAAUAUUGGAUUUUAUUAUGAAUUCAUGCAAAGUUCUUGUGGUUGGUGCUGGGGGCCUUGGCUGUGAGCUGUUAAAAGAUUUAGCUUUAAUGGGUUUCAAAAAAAUUCACAUAGUGGACAUGGACACUAUAGAACUAUCUAAUCUAAAUAGACAGUUUUUGUUUAGAAAAAAUGAUAUAGGUUCAUCAAAGGCAAAGUGUGCUGUUGAAUUUGUUAAUAAAAGGAUUCCUGGCUGUGAAGCUGUAGCUCAUCACUGUGCUAUCCAAGACUUGGAUGAUGGUUUCUACAGACAGUUUCAUAUAGUUGUAUGUGGUCUAGAUUCCAUAGUAGCAAGAAGAUGGCUCAAUGGCAUGUUAAUGUCUUUACUGCAAUAUAAUGAUGAUAGGUCAUUGGAUCAAAGUAGUGUCAUACCGCUUGUGGAUGGUGGUACUGAAGGCUUCAAAGGAAAUGCUAGAGUUAUAUUACCUGGCAUGAGUGCUUGCAUUGAGUGUACUUUGGACUUAUAUCCACCUCAAAAGACUUUUCCUUUGUGCACUAUUGCUAAUACACCACGAUUACCAGAGCAUUGUAUUGAAUAUGUGAAGGUGUUACAGUGGGCUAAGGAGAAUCCAUGGGGAGAGACAACACAGCUGGAUGGCGAUGAUCCCCAACAUGUAGCUUGGGUGUUAGAGAAAGCUCAAGAGAGGGCUCUCAAACAUGGAAUUGCCAAUGUAACUUAUAGAUUAACACAGGGUGUCUUGAAAAACAUUAUUCCAGCUGUAGCUAGUACUAAUGCUGCAAUUGCUGCUGCUUGUGCUACAGAGGUGUUCAAGUUGGCUUCAUCAUGUUGCAUAAAUAUGAACAACUACAUGGUACUAAAUAUGGCUGAUGGUGUGUAUUCAUAUACAUUUCCGGCCGAACGGCGUCUUGAUUGUGUAGCAUGUAGUAACACUACACGGGUAAUGGAAAUUGAAGCUGAUGCCACACUACAAAUGAUUUAUGAUAAACUUUGUGAAGAUCAAGCUUUUUUGAUGAAAAGUCCAGGUAUUACUACUGUAAUCAAUGGGCGCAAUAAAACUCUAUACAUGUCUUCAAUUAAGAGUAUUGAAGAAAGAACAAGGGAUAAUUUAAAGAAGAAAAUAACGGAGCUGGGUCUUUAUAAUGGCUGUGAUAUAUUGGUGGCAGAUAUUACAACUCCCAAUACUAUAACAAUAAAACUGAAAUUUGCUGAAAAUUUAGAUGUAGAUAUGGCACGAUAAAUAAAAAAUAUUUUAAUAUUGAA